ACCUGAUCUAAAGUAUUUGUUUUAUUAAUCCACUCAAAUAUGUUUUAAUAAUAAGACACUAUUGAAAACGGUGUAAUGAAAUGUUACACCUACCAUGACGCAAGAGACAUCGUGUGUGUGCUUGUCCCCGUCUUCCAUUUCAUAUAUACUGGACUACUACUCCAUUUAUUUCCAAACCAAACGAAAAUCACCUGCUGCAAUCCCAAAUUCCCAAAGGAGUUGAGAUGGCGCCGCCGCCCAACGCCGCCACCGGGAAGCCGCUGGUGCUCCUUGCGCGGCCGCCUUUCCCGGAGUUGGCCGCCACGCUCGAUGGCCGCUUCACCUUCGCGUCUGCCGCCGCCGACGAGGUUAGCGCCGCGGAGGCCAGGGUCAUGCUCGUGCCGGGCAUCCCUCCGGUGCAGGCCGAUCUGCUCGACAGGCUCCCGAAGCUGGAGCUCGUGGUCGCCACCUCCGCCGGCGUGGACCACAUCGACCUCGACGCCUGCCGCCGCCGCGGGAUCGCCGUCACAAACGCCGGCGCGGCGUUCGCCGCUGACUCGGCGGACUACGCGGUCGGGCUCGUCGUCGCCGUGAUGCGCCGGAUGGCCGCCGCCGAGGCCUACCUCCGGCGAGGCAGGUGGGCUGCGGACGGGGACUACCCACUGGCCACCAAGAUGAGCGGGAAGCGGGUGGGCAUCGUCGGGCUGGGGCGCAUCGGCAGCCUGGUGGCGCGGCGGCUGGCCGCAUUCGGCUGCAUCGUCGCCUACAACUCGAGGUCGGCGAAGGCGUCGGCGCCGUACAAGUUCUACCCGGGGGUGCGCGAGCUCGCCGGCGACAGCGACGUGCUGGUGCUGUGCUGCGCGCUGACGGAGGAGACGCGGCACGUGGUGGACCGGGAGGUGAUGGAGGCGCUGGGCAAGGACGGCGUGCUGGUGAACGUGGGGCGCGGCGGGCUGGUGGACGAGCCGGAGAUGGUGAGGUGCCUGCAGGAGGGGGUGCUCGGCGGCGCCGCGCUGGACGUGUACGAGAACGAGCCGGCGGUGCCGACGGAGCUGUUCGGGAUGGAGAACGUGGUGCUGUCGGACCACCGGGCGGUGCUGACGCCGGAGUCCGUGCGCGAGGUGAUCGACGUCGUGGCGGGCAACCUGGACGCCUUCUUCUCCGGGAGGCCUCUGCUCAGCCCUGUGGAUCUCUGAAACUUCGUGUAUUCGAUGCAGUUGACAUUUUUUAUACGAUUAACUAUUUAAAAAUUUAAGUUACAGUUAAAAUAUAUUUGAUAAUGAUUUUAAUUACAAAUAAAAUAAAUGGUAAUGGUAUAAGUUUUUCUAAAUAAGAUAAAUGGUCAGCUCUGUGCCAAAAAGUUUUUAAUGACAUCAUCUUUUAAAACACGGCGACACUAUUUGUUGUCAGGUCUAGCUCCUGAAAUCUGACACUGAGUUAGCUGCGCUGCAAUCUGAACCUCAAGUUGCUUUUUUUCUUGUAUGCUUCAUUGAGCCAAUGCACGUUUUUCCUUCUUUUUUACGAUUGCAAUCUCCUACUACUUCACUAAAUUCUUAGACAUUGGGAGCAUAUUUUGAGAAGAUUGUUCUUGUGUUGUAGUGAUUGCAAGCAGUGCUCUCUCGUCGUUAAUUCCUGUGAAUUCUUCAAUGCGGUAAUUGUCUUACUUAGACCAAAUGUAUGUGUGCAUCAACCCUGUGUUGCCCCGUAAAUAUUCGAGUUCACUUGUCACAUAUUCACAACAAA